AUGGAAACAUUGGACAUCGACUCUGAUUAUGUAUGUUUCACCGCUCACAUCAAAUGAAAUUCUCAUUCAAAAGAAGUUUCCAGGGUGUUCACAAAGAUCAAUUGAGACGUAGUAUAAAUGCAACUGAAAAAGCGAUUGAUGUUAUUCGAGAUGGCGAUUUGGCGAGACGCCAAGUCAGUUUGGAGUUGAGAGAUUUGCAAUUGACGAUGCACGAGGAUUUGGAGAGAGUGAGUUGUUUGGAAGUUGAGAAAAUGCCACGUGACAAAAUUAUGUUUUGAACUCUUAAAUUCCUUUUUCUUUUCAGAUUCGUGGUGAGAUGAGCGAAUUCGAUAACAAAUUGAACUCGGAACGUAUUGAAAGUGCAAAAUGGAUGGAUAAAAAAGUGAAAGAAGCGAAGAAAACAGCUGACGAGGCUCUAAGAUCGAGCACACUUCUCAAAGAUGUUCAACUUCUUGAAAAGAAAGUUGAUAUUCUCAAGGUAAUUUUAUCAUAGUCUUCCAUAUUCAAAUAAUUGUUUGUUUUCCAGGAAUCGGUCAUCAAUGUCAAUCGCGCUUAUUUCAAAUAUCAAAAGAAUGUGGAUAUGAAAGAUUUGAAAAAUCAAAUAACUGAAAUGGUAUAUCGCACCGAGAAAAAAGAGCGAGACUUGUUGAAUCAAUUUGAUGGAACAAAUUUGGAAGAGAAAAGUGAAGUCAUUCUUCGAGGAGCAAUUGAAGGUUUAUUGGGAUUGCAGGCAACUAAUCCACAAUUUCUCAAAGAAGCUAGAAGUUUGGCUGCUGAAUUGAGAGUUUAUCGUGAUGCGGCGGCUAAUAAUGUUAGUUGAAUAUCUAUCCCUUAAAAUUCAUUUCAUUUUUCAGAACUUGUUCAAUUUGAUCUCAAAAGAAGAUAAUGAAUCGGUUCAAAGUGAAUCCACCUCGGAAUCUGCGAGUUCGGUUCCAUUCUCGAAUUCAACAUCUUUCAAAUCAUCUGAAGAUAAAUCUGAAACAACAAGUUCGGCAGCUUCAUCAGCUUCAACAAGUUCUUAUACAACUGCAUCGGCUUCGACAAGCAAAUCAUCAAAAGCUUCGAAGAAAAAAUCGUCGAAAAAAUCGACUUCGAGUAAUGUGACUAUUUAA